ACUGAUAACAUUUAGUCAAUUAAAGUGUCGAAAAUAAUGACAGUAACUCAUAAUAUUAUAAAACGCUCACCUGUAUUAUUCACCUACCUGUUAAUAAGCGCUCAUCCACCAGGGGGCGCUGAAGCGGCCAACUGAAUUAAAAGCACCGAAGAAGAAACACUGGAAGCGGAAAUGACUUCUUGUGUUUUCAAAGAGGGAAAUUUAAAAAUCGGACGGAUAAUCACAAAUAAAACACAAACAACUGGAAUAAAUCUUCAUUAAACGACACGGAAAUGGCCUCAAUCUGACAUUUUCAUCCAGUAUGUGAAAGGUGCUUCACACCAUCGUGAUGAAGAGAGCCAGGACGUCGCAGCACGAACUGGAGGACAGCAACCAGGAGGAAUGCUGUGUCCUCUGCAAACAGAGUGAUGAAGACCCGGCCCUGUUGGGAGAGAAAGUCACACUGAAGGAGCCCAAACUCUCUGUUCACUACUUCUGUUUGCUGACGGCUUGUGGAAUUCACCAGCGAGGAGAGGAGCACGAGGGCGUCUUUGGGUUCCUGGUGAACGACAUCUACAAGGAAGUCCGCCGCUCAGGUCGACUGAUGUGCAGCCUGUGUAAGAAGAAGGGAGCGUGUGUGGGCUGUAACGUGCGGAGCUGCAGGAAGAUGGUGCAUUACCCCUGCGGGAGGACAUCCAGGUUCAUCUCUCAGUUCACUGAAAACUUCCCGUCGUACUGUCCGGACCACGGCCCCUCUCAGACUAUGUGUGUGAGUGCAGACCUCAGCCUUCCUCAGUCCUGCUCCGUCUGUCUGGACUCCAUCGAGCCUGUCCUCGGCUACUCGGUCCUCAAGUGUCCGUCCUGCCACGCCAGCUGGUUCCACCGGGACUGUGUGCAGCGUCAGGCGCAAAGUGCAGGCCUCUUCUUCUUCAGAUGUACGCUGUGUAAUAACAAGGAGAACUUCCAGAAGGAGAUGCUGAGGAUGGGAAUAUACAUCCCAGAGAGAGAUGCAUCAUGGGAGUUGGAGGCAAACGCAUACUCGGAGCUGCUGGAGGUUUACAUGCACUGUGAUGCCUCCACCUGCGUCUGCAACAAAGGGCGGACGCGCUCCUAUAAGAGCGGUUGGUUCGAGGUGAUCCGCUGCCGGCUGUGUGGCUCCACCGGGACUCACAGGAAGUGUUCGGGACUAAGGAUAGACACCACGGACUGGGCCUGCAGCGACUGCACUCAGGCCACCGACGGGAGAGCCUCUCUGACUACGAAGCCUCAGGGACGUCAGAGGAAGAGUCAGCUGUCCAAACGCCACCUGACCCCCAUCAGCUGUAAAAGACCCUUGUUGUCUAUAAGGUCCCCGGAGCAGAUUUUGCAGGCGUUGGGCCCUCAGCUCCAGCCCCUCAGUGUGACGGUGGAGGUGGACGGAGAUCAGGCUCUGUCUGCGGGGGUGGCGCUGGUGAGGAGGGCCAACUUCGACCCCACACACACUCUGUCUGUCAGGUUCAAAGGCCCCCUUCUGACUGCAUUUCCCAGCAGCCUCCAGGACAGCGAGAUGGCCAAGCAGCACUUCCUGAAGAUGCUGGUUCAGCAGAUCCAGGACUCUGUCGUGUUCGAGGGUCCUCAGGGAUCCAAAAACCUGGCACUGAACUCCCAGGCUCUGCGGGACGACCUUUACUUCGACGUUGGCUGCCUGCUCGCUCUCUCUCUGGUCCACGGCACUUGUCCCAUCAGAUUCCUCUCCCGCGCUCUCUACCAGUGUCUGUUCAACUACCCCCCCAACCAGCCACUGUCCCUCAAACAAAUGACCCCCUACAAACGCUUCACCCGCCAGGUCAGCACGAUCGCAGAGGCAGAGUCUUUAGACGAUGUGAAGGAAGUCAUGGCGGAGAGCUGGGAGUUCUUGGAGUUAGCCGGCUGUAACCGACCAAUCAGCAGCCUGCAGGAGAGAGAGGCUCUGGUGGAGGAUCUGGUCAGCUUCACCAUGAUCACCAGGAUGCAGCUGCCCCUGAAGAGGUUUCGGGAGGGUCUGCAGACUCUGGGUAUCUUUGAUCAGGUGCAGCUCUUCCCGUCGGUGUACCGGAGUGUUUUCUGCAACACAAAGGUUCAUCUCACGGCUCACAGUGUCGAUAAGAUCUUCACCGUCAACUUCUCUGAGCAGAAGGAGAGGCUGAGCAGAGAGGAGGCCGUCAUCGCCUACUGGAGAAAAUUCCUGCUGGAGUGUGAAGAUGGAAAGACCUCCUUAUCCCUGCAGGACCUUCUUCGGUUCUCCACAGGAUGUGAGGAACUCUCAGCAUCCGGCCUUCUCCCUCCUCCCUCCAUCUCCUUCCUCCACCCUGUCAAGGCUCAGAGAAAAGAGAGCUCCAAGAUCAGAAAAGGGAAGGAGGUGGUCAGGGAGGAGGGGCUUUUCCCUCGGAGCAAGCCCGCCUCCAAACACCUCCUGCUGCCCAUCUCCUCCUCAUACCCGGACUUCAAGAGGUCCAUGGAGCAGGUCAUCCCCACAGAGAGCUAGAGGAGGGAGUACUCGAUGAUAUGCAUUUAUAUAAAGUUGGUUUCAGAUCUCAUUAUACUCCCUAAUGAAGCUCAUAAGAUGAGUUCAUAUCCAGCCAAAGCAAAGACGUAAAACUCAUGAUCUUUUGUUUUAUUUCCCGGCAGGUAGCAUUAAAACGUUUGAUACUUUUUUUUAACCUUUUUUCUUCCUGCUCUUUCCUUUAACGUCUUGGAUUCGAUAGAAUGAAUCAACACUUUAUGCCAUUUUGUUAAUUGCUGAAUAUCUUUGAUGCUUUCUCGUUUUGAACUGAAUGGUGCUCAUUUUUUUAUAGUUUUUGAAAUAUGCUUUUUCCUGAUGAGAUUUCCAGCGUGUUUUCGUUUGUCUUGUUUUUCUAUUCUUUCUUAUCUCGGGAAAAUGAAACCAAUGUAUUAAGUUGAUCAGAUUCUGAGGAAGAGGAUCACUGUUUGUCUUUGGUGUCAAACCCCAGACUUUUUCACAUAUUUUUUGGAUGAUUUGUACCAGCGGAAACAUUGAACAUGCCUCCUGAUUUACCCAAAUGCAAAUGAUGAUUUUUGAGUUAUAUUUGACAAGAAACCCCCUUUUUUUAUUAUAAAACUACACUUUUUAAGUGUACUUGCACCAAAUACAACAUGGGUAUCCCUGUGUUUUCUCCAUUAGAGGCACUUAUAUUUUAUUAAAUUCAUUUUCAUUUCUUCCCUUAUGUUUUGUUACUGAUCCACCUUUUCUGUAACUUUUUUGUUAUUUAUCUCUUUUGCGUUUGUGCAGUAAGACUUCUUUGUUUCUCCUGUUUCAUAAAUACAGAAACACACUA